UUUCUAGGAAAUCGAGAGUAUGUUAUGUUGGUAUUGGCAACUGAUUACAAAUCAUAUGCACUGACAUAUGGCUGUCAAAACAUGGACAAUGACCGAAGAAGAAUCACAAGCUGGAAGUUUAGUCGCUAUAAUACCUUGACCACGGAUGCAAUCAAUGCAAUAAACAAAGUAAUUGAUGAAAUCGAAGUAUUGCACCAGCCUUACUACUAUUCAGUAGACCGCAGACCUGAGGCUUGUUUCUAUUUCCCAGAAGUCAACCCAAACUCUAACGUCAUUUUCCGUGGUCAGUGUGACCAGACUAUUGAAGCUGUUAAAGAUUUUGAUCUCAACAAGUAUAUGAAUUUAUGGUACGACGUCGAAUCUUAUCCAUCGGCAUUCCAAGACGGCACAUGCCCCAACGCACAUUACACUUUGACCGGCAACACUGUUUCUGUGCGCAAUAGUCACGUUGUUGACCAGACCUUAGUGACUAUCGAUGGAGUUGCUACACUAGCAUCUACAGAUGGAAGUGGAAAACUUAAAGUUACAUUCAAUGUACAAAAUACCGAAG